UCACGUGGAGUUUGAUAUAUAAAAAGGAGAAGGUUCAACGUGAUUAUCCACCGCUUCUGUGUUGACUUUGUUAAGAAUUUUGUUCGAUAUAAUAAUUUCAUAAAUCAUAUUUUAAAAUGGCAGAUGUUCAGUGUAAUCGGGAACUAAUUAUCGAAGAUGGUUUGACAAGUGCUCAGCUUUUUGGCAGUGGAGAAGGUCUUACAUAUAAUGAUUUUCUGAUUUUGCCUGGCUAUAUUGAUUUUACUGCAGAUGAUGUAGAUAUUACCUCACCAUUGACAAAGAAAAUAUCAUUACAAGCACCUCUUCUUUCUUCUCCGAUGGACACUGUCACAGAAUCUGAAAUGGCUGUUGCUAUGGCAUUAUGUGGUGGAAUUGGUAUUAUUCAUCAUAACUGUACACCAGAAUUUCAAGCUAAUGAAGUAUUAAAAGUCAAGAAAUAUAAACAUGGAUUUAUACGUGACCCAUUGGUGCUUACCCCUCAACAUACAGUGAAAGAUGUGUUUGAAGUAAAAAAGAAACAUGGAUUUGCUGGAAUACCUAUAACAGAAAAUGGACAACUUGGUGGAAAAUUAGUUGGGAUUGUUACAUCACGUGAUAUAGAUUUUAUGGGUGGAGAUAUGUAUGAUUUGACUCUGGACAAGGUUAUGACAAAAGAUUUGGUUGUAGCACAGUCAACUGUAACGUUAAAACAAGCAAAUGAAAUCCUUCAGCAUAGCAAAAAAGGAAAAUUGCCUAUUGUUAAUGAGAAAAUGGAAUUAAUUUCAUUGAUUGCAAGAACUGAUUUGAAAAAGAGUCGUAAUUAUCCACAUGCUUCAAAAGAUGAAAAUAAACAAUUGUUGGUGGGUGCUGCUAUUGGAACAAGAGAUUCAGAUAAAACUAGAUUAGACCUUUUAGUCCAAGCUGGUGUGGAUGUUAUCAUUUUAGAUUCUUCACAAGGGAAUUCAAUUUUUGAAAUUGAAAUGAUUAGAUAUAUCAAGAAGAAAUAUCCUGAUUUGCAAGUCAUAGGAGGCAAUGGUAAUUAUGUUUUAGUUAUGGCUUGUGGUAGGCCACAGGCAACAGCUGUCUAUAAAGUAGCAGAAUAUGCUAGAAGAUUUGGUGUACCUGUUAUAGCUGAUGGUGGAAUUAAAUCUGUUGGUCAUAUUAUUAAAGCCUUAGCUCUGGGUGCUUCAGCAGUAAUGAUGGGUUCAAUGUUAGCUGGAACAACUGAAGCUCCUGGAGAAUAUUUUUAUUCUGAUGGAGUAAGAUUAAAAAAAUUCCGUGGUAUGGGCUCUUUAGAUGCAAUGGAAUCGAGAGAAGGUCACGGUAGUCGAGACAGAUAUUUUCAGAGUGAGCAAGACAAAGUCCGUGUUGCUCAAGGAGUAUCUGGAACCAUUCCUGAUAAAGGUUCCAUUCAUACAUUUGUGCCUUAUCUUAUUACUGGUAUUAAAUAUGGUUGUCAAGAUAUUGGUGCAAGAAGCUUAGGAAUAUUAAGGUAAUUAUUAAGUCUAUUUUAUUUUGUAACUGAAUCAUAA